ACCGGUCUCUCCUUGCACGUGAACGUACGCUACCACUUCCCCUCUGAAAAAAAACACCUUCGAUUCUCUCUCAUUUCUCUUUCUCGCAACAGAGGCUUUGCUAUAAUACGUGACACCCACCACCCACCACCCACCACCCUCCCCUCACGCCACUCACACCACUCUCUCUUGUUUUAGUUUUUAGUAUUUACUUUUUAUUUCCUCAGCACAGCAACACCUCAGUCCCAUGUUGUUUCAUGUUUGUUCCCCCAUGGCGCCAAUUCCCUAACCAACCACGACAUCAAUACCACCACCAAGCACGUUCAGAGCUUUUGGGUUCGAGUCCGAUAUAUGCAGCUGUCUUAAAUACUUGGACUAGAAUUAAACUAGAUUACCUCGGACGACUUGAACCACUAAAAUGAAGUCCGCGCGAGUCAAAGAAGCGAUUCUGUUAGUGUUUAUGUUUACUAUCUUAACCAUUGCAGGUUCGGAUCUAGCUUCGGACAGAGCCGGGUUAUUGUUACUCCGAAGCGCGGUGGGGGGACGCACUUUGUUAUGGAACGCCACCCAAACAAGCCCUUGUUCGUGGACCGGCGUGGUCUGCGCCAGCGGGAGAGUAAUCAUGCUGCGUCUUCCCGCGAUGGGUCUCUCCGGUUCGCUUCCCUCCGGUUUGGGCAACCUCACCGAACUGCAGACGCUCUCUCUCCGGUUCAACGCGCUAACCGGACAAAUCCCCGAUGAUUUCGCUAACCUGAAAGCUCUCCGUAACCUCUAUCUACAGGGAAACUUCUUCUCCGGCCAAGUCUCCGAUUCGGUGUUCGCGUUGCAGAAUCUCGUGAGGUUGAAUUUAGGUAACAACAAUUUCAGCGGCGAGAUUUCGCCAAAGUUCAAUAGCCUCACUCGUUUGGCCACUCUUUAUCUCGAACGCAACAAUUUCACUGGUUCGAUCCCUGACCUCGAUGCUCCGCCGCUCGAUCAGUUUAAUGUGUCGUUUAAUUCGCUAACCGGAUCCAUUCCGAACCGGUUUUCGCGUCUGGACCGAACCGCUUUUCUCGGAAACUCGCUGCUCUGCGGGAAGCCUUUGCAGCUUUGCCCCGGAACUGAGGAGAAGAAGGGUAAACUAUCCGGUGGCGCCAUUGCGGGCAUUGUGAUUGGUUCCGUGGUUGGUGUGUUGUUGAUUCUGUUGCUUUUGUUCUUUUUGUGUAGAAAAAAUAAUAGGAAAAAUGAGAAUGAAACUUUGCCACCUGAGAAGCGUGUUGUGGAAGGUGAAGUGGUGUCUCGUGAGAGUGGCGGGAAUUCAGGUUCGGCAGUGGCGGGUUCGGUGGAGAAGAGUGAGAUUCGGAGUAGUAGUGGUGGUGGUGCCGGAGAUAAUAAGAGUUUGGUGUUUUUUGGGAAUGUGAGUAGAGUGUUUAGUUUGGAUGAGCUGUUGAGGGCUUCAGCUGAAGUUUUAGGGAAAGGCACGUUUGGGACGACUUAUAAGGCGACGAUGGAGAUGGGGGCGAGUGUGGCAGUGAAGAGGUUGAAGGAUGUUACUGCAACAGAGAAGGAAUUCAGGGAGAAGAUUGAGCAAGUGGGGAAGAUGGUUCAUCACAACUUGGUCUCACUAAGGGGCUAUUACUUUAGCAGGGAUGAGAAGCUGGUUGUGUAUGACUACAUGCCUAUGGGAAGCUUAUCUGCUCUCUUACAUGCAAAUGGUGGAGUAGGGAGGACUCCACUGAAUUGGGAAACAAGGUCUGCCAUUGCCCUUGGUGCUGCUCGUGGGAUUGCAUACAUUCAUUCGCAUGGCCCAACAUCCUCCCAUGGAAACAUCAAGUCAUCGAAUAUCCUUCUCACCAAAACUUUUGAAGCUCGUGUCUCUGACUUUGGCCUUGCUUACCUUGCUCUCCCAACCUCUACACCAAACCGUGUGUCUGGUUACCGUGCGCCAGAGGUCACUGAUGCACGCAAGAUAUCCCAAAAGGCCGAUGUCUAUAGCUUUGGUAUCAUGCUUUUGGAGCUGCUUACAGGGAAGGCUCCUACUCAUUCUUCACUAACUGAGGAAGGGGUGGACCUCCCAAGAUGGGUCCAAUCUGUGGUUCAAGAUGAGUGGAACACUGAGGUAUUUGACAUGGAGCUUCUAAGGUACCAAAAUGUUGAGGAGGAAAUGGUCAAGCUUUUGCAGCUUGCCCUUGAAUGUACCGCUCAAUAUCCUGACAAGAGACCUUCAAUGGAUGUGGUGGCAAGCAAGAUUGAGGAAAUUUGUCAUCCUAGUUUAGAGAAAGAGGAAGGGAAGAACCAUGAUUUUAAAGAUGCUGAUAAUGGAUUUUCCCAACAGUACUAUUCUGUUGACUCGGGUGUGUCACAAGCUUGAAUACAGAAUUGAAGAAAGACCCCUUAUAUCAUCAUUAGCCACACCCAAGCUUGAAUAUAGAAUUGAAGAAAUACCUCAUUAUUUCAUCGUUGGCCUGUUUUUGGUAUGCAUAUUACACAAGUGUUGUUUGUUUGUUUGUUUAUUCAUUUGAGGAAUUAUAGAAAACCAGCUGUGUAUGUCCUUUGUCUUACACUCUUACUACCUUUUUUUCUCCUUAGAUUUUGUUAUUCUGAAUCUUUGUUGGGGGUUUCUAUUCCCCACUAUAUUUACUACUUCAGUUUUAGAGGAUUAUUAUGCGUGAAUUUGUGAAUAAUUUGUUUGAA